UUGGAGCUUCUGAUGAGACAGUUUGGCCUGUCUCAUCGGGAGCUUCGCUGCUGUUUCUCGGACCUCGAUUUUCGAUCUUCCAUCUUUUGGCAAUGGAUCACAGACUCCGCAAGCUCAUCUCGUUCUUCAUCCUGGUCCUCUCCUCGAGCUUGAACAGCGGAAGUGUCCUUUUCGGUCGCGAUGACACAUUCAGAUCCGUCAAAACGUCAUCGACGGGAGACAGCAGCCAUCUUCCCGAGAGCGUCUACGCUUUCCGCUCCGAAAACGCGUCGGUCCAAGAAAAUUGCACCGACCGAUCCAUCAACGAUUUCCCGAAAGACCUGUUCACCUACGAGCAGAGGAAACACGGAGCCGUGUUGCUGCACACGAUUUUUGGACUGUAUUGUUUCGUGCUGACCGCACUUGUCUGCAACGACUACUUGCUGCCAGCGAUGGACCUCAUCUGCGCAGACCUGAAGAUCAGCAUGGACGUCGCUGGGGCGACAUUUCUGGCCACUGCGAGUUGCUUCCCAGAGCUCUUCGUCAACGUUGUCGGCACUUUCCUGACGGAAUCCGACCUGGGAGUCGGAGCCGUCCUAGGAGGCGCCGUUUUCAACACCUUCGCGACGCCGGCUUGCGGCGCUUUAUCGGCGGCUCAGGGAAUUCAACUGGACUGGAGCAUCCUGUCGAGGGACUGCGUGAUCUACAUAAUGUCGGUCAGUGUUUUGGCGGUGAUAAUGUGGGACGGACUCGUCACCUGGUACGAGUCCAUGAUUCUGAUGAUCAUGUUCACCAGCUACUUCACGCUCCUCUUCUUCAACGAAAGGCUGAUCAGGUGGGCCAACAAGCUGAUUGCGACCUUCUCCAAAAGAAGCCAGCUGAACGAUACCAGGCGGGAGCCCCCUCCAGAAGAUAAGACCGACCCCAUGCCGUUCGGCACCUACAGGCCGUACUUUCACGGGGAAUUGAUGAUAGAGUACAGGAACAGCAUCUCAAAAGCUGGAGGCAAAAUCCCCAAUGGGACGGCUCGCCCUGACGAGCACCUCGAAAAACUGGAGUACGUGGAACCAAGCACUCCAUUUACGUGGCCUGGUGGAUCCACGUCUGCGAACGCGUGGUUCCUCUUUAUCUGGCCCCUGAAGUUCAUCCUGUUCAUCACGGUGCCCGAUAGCCGAUUUAAACGCCUCAGGAACUGGUACCCGGUGACAUUCGUCAUGUGUGUCACCUGGAUAGCUAUUACUUCGUACUUGACGUCAUGGAUGAUGACAGUGGUCGGUGACACUCUGAACAUCUCCGACUCCAUCAUGGGGAUCACUAUUCUCUCGGCGGGGGGCAAUAUGCCGGAACUCGUCACGAUCGUCACCCUCGCUAGACAAGGCCACGGUGAUAUGGCGAUGAGCAACACCUUGGGGGCCAACACUCUGGACAUCCUGAUGUGUCUGGGUCUUCCCUGGCUGAUCAAGUGCAUAAUGUCCGGCCAGGACAUCGAGAUCGUCUCCGGCGCCCUGGCGUACAGCAUCCUCUCCAUCUUGGUCUGCGUGGUUGGAUUUUAUCUCGUAACGGCCUUCUUUAAAUUCAAGAUGAACAAAAAGGUGGGCUUCGCCUGCCUCUUCAUGUACACCACGUUUCUGGUCUUCGCGGUGAUGGUGGAGUCGAACGUCUUCUUCUUCGUCAACCUGCCGAUGUGCGACCGCUGAAGACCUCCUCUUCGAUCAACAGUGAUCCUGAAGAAAGACUCGUUUAUUCGAGGACCUGAUUUAUUUUUCCGUUUUUUAUUCCAGCCUUGAGAGGGCGUUCGUUGAUCUUAACCCUUUAAUUAUGGCGUAACCGGACGUGGAGAUGUAUUUGUACGGAUAGUUAGACCCCAUAGUGCUGAUAUUUUAUAUGAAUACGAUAUUCAUUUGUCGCUUUGAAUACUUGGGAAUGAAGGGGGUGCACUAUAGGGGCGUUUCGUAAUUAAAGGGUUAAUUUCGAGCCCAAUGGUUUCCGUUCGCUCAAAGGAGACGGAAAUGGCGCACUCGUUGGGGCUAAAAAAAGAUGGAGGAAUCGUUGAGAUUGAACCGUGGCAUGCGGCCGCGCUGUAAAUAAUUAAUUCGUGCUCCACUUUUCGCUCGCGGAGUCGCCGAAGGCAUAGCAACUUCUCCGAAAUACUCUAGAAUUCCGUUUAACGUGACUCGGUAGUACUUAGGUUGCUUUACAGAUGAAUCUCCAAAGCAUUCGCUAUUAAAUUGGGGAAAGAGAGUAUCGAGAAAAUGUUCGGCGGGGGUGGUUGUGAAAUAAAGGUUUAAUCGCUGCACAAACGGGGCGUUUUAAGCGGCUUUCAGCCGAAACGGAUGCACUUCGGGGGGUUUCCGGGGGGACAUCCGAAAGAAAGCGAGAGCAAGCAUUGUCUUUAAUUGCAGCGACGAGGAAGCAAUUGUGCGAUCUCGCUGUAAAAAGUGCUCGACAAUGGAGGUGCACUCGCGGCAUCGGAUUCGAAUCUUUCAGCCUGAUUACCACGACUCCGCAAUCCACCAUUCUGUAAAUCCGCGCGCCACUUCCGGUUUUUCCAAGAGAAUGAAAAAUCCCCGAGGAAAAAUUCCGAGUGCAUUUCCGCAUUAAUUUUUUUUCCGACCACGCCGAGGUGUACGAGAUCGAAGUCGCGGAGGAAACGGACCUAAAUAAUUUUCCAGGAAUUUCUCAGACCAAUUUUCCGACAGGAAGAAAAAUUUACGACGCCCUCCGAACACCUGGGGAAUAUUUGCAGACAUUUCGCAUGCGAGAUCUUUAAGUUUGCAGACACUUUAGAGCUUAACCCAAAUCCAAAGUCAGCCUCGCCUGAGGAUAAGUCCGAGAAGGAGGUAAUCCUCGUGCAAACUAUUUUCCUAAAAAAAAAAAAAAAACGAUCCCGUUGUCACUUCUAAACUGAUAAGAUUAACGAGAUGGGGUCACGGUAUUGUUUUAAUUACAUGAUCGAGCUCGAGUUUGCUAUCGAAAAAUUUGAAAUAAAUUUUCGGAGCGUUUCUGGGAAUGGAGAGGACUCUAAUAAUUCCCGAAAAUCGAUACGCCUCACCUCCGGUCGCGAUUGAUACUUUAUUAAACAAUUUGCAAUGAUCACUUAACAUUGUAGAAACAAUCUUACGAUUAAAGUAGAGUGCACCGAAAGAUCACAAACUCCUCUAAAUCGGCCUUAGGCGGAUCCAACGCUAAAGUCACUCGAAUUUCUGGCGAGUUAGCACGUGAAAUUCAUAAUUCGCAGCUUAAACCUCGUUAUAAAGCCGAUGCUCGUUUUUAGCGCUGAGUAUUCGCGGUCCUUAAACUGUAUAAUAACCUGCUUUACGUCUUGGAUAAAGAAAGUAUAACAACCUGGCGUUUUUUCUCGCAAAAUUCCGGUCUCGUGAAUUAGAUACGUGUUAAUCGUGCGUCUCUACGUUGCCGGAAAAUCUGAGAAUUUUUCGUAAUAAAAGGAAGAAAAAGAGUCCGAAAAGGAAUUAAUUAACAGACGUGCACCCGAGGUGUAAUGGAGAGUUAAUUAAAACCGGUAGAAAAGUUAGCUUAUCCUUCGUGCGCAAUUUUAUCCUCGAAUUUGAAGCAAUUGUAUCGCGUUACGGCGUGACUCUGUCACCGUCGUCUUCCAGGCUUAUAAAAAGGCGAAUAUCAUGAUAUCAUUUAGAUUGUAUUUAAUAAGCGACGCUUUAAGAUCGUUUUUCAUUUCGUCGGGGAAGGAUCGCUUCCUCGUUAAAAUUGUUUCCGCUAAAAAAUUCCCAUUUAGUGUCCAGACUCGGUCUGGCCUCGAAUUAAAGUUGAACGAUGGCGUUUUUUAUAUUAUUUAAUUUUCACCCACCCCUGAUAAAAGCCAAUCAUCGCCAACACCUCGGAGACUCAUUGUAUAUAUUAUUGUUUUGUAAUCCAUACCUCUCGAUCAUGGCGCAAUGACAUUUCCCAGAUAGACAAAUUUAUUCUGUAAUAUGCGUACACAUAUCGCAGACAUUUAAUGCAGCGAAUGGUCUGCAAAUUCUUAGUAAAUCGAUUUCCCUCAUAAUGUAAUGAUCACGAAUUUCUAUCUGGGUUCCCAUAAAUUACUCCCGCCAUAAUUAAGUCUUCAGCUCGUUGCAAUAUCACACGUUUAUCGUCCAGGAAAAUGUUUUUAAAAAUCACGAACCUUCGUUUAAGCCCUACUCGACGAUCCUCGGGUCCCCCAAUCGUCGUACAUUACGGUUUAAUUAUCACGAACCUUCUUACAACUCCUACAUGAUAUCAAUGUCGAUCGUGUCCCUUCGAAGGUCGAUCUUCUGCCUUUUGAUUUUCGAAAUUUACACAUCGGGUCGUAACGCUUGCCUCUUCGAGACUUUCGCGCACGCGUGUUAGAUCUACAUUCGUGUAUAUAUAUAUACAUAUCUUGGAUACAUAUAUAUAUUAAUUUUCCCAAGCGUUCCACGCUUCCGCAUUAAACCUCCGAAACGGUAACCGUUGAUAAAAUAUCUUAAACUUUACAAAUAUCUCCUCACCACUUCUCUCUCCCUACGCGAGUUUCAAUUAUCCGAAUAAACCGAACGAACGAAUUGCGCGCACCUUUGCCUAAUACCGCGAGCGAUUUACUAUUUAAUUAUUAUUUAAACGUCGGAUCGAUCGGUCGGGCCGGCCGCGAAAAAUGGCGAAAGACUCCUACGGUUCUUUUUCUUUUUUUUUCUUCCUCGUGUAGCGUCGGCAGUAAGCGUAGUUUCACUCCUCGCGAUUAAUCUCGAGUACCAAAAGACCAACUAAGUAACUACGGAAAAUCCUUCCGACGUUAUUUCCUCGUCCUAGCGUGAUUUAAAAAAAUCCCCCCGGAAAGAGGCCCAUCCACAUAAAAAUAAAUGUAUUUCAAGAAUAUACGUCAAAAGUAUUUUCCCGUAUAUUAUUAAAAUACAUUUAUUUCCACGCGGCCAGAGAGCGCGGCCAUUUUCCCCGGUCGUCAUCCGCGCGUUAUUCAUAACUCGGGAUAUACCUCUCUUGGGGAAAUAAUUCAUUUCGAAUCUAGUAAAAUGGACGAAGUCACCUGUCGGCGCGUUAAUUAACCUCUGAUGCAUCACUUCGGAAGUGUCCGAGAAUGCCAAGAUGGACGACUAGUUCGGGGACGAAAUCCUCCCGGAAGGACUCGAGUACGAAUUAGAUGGACUAAAGUAAUAGAUAAUCGUUAGUCGAAAAACUGACGUAACGGCGUUCGAAGCUUGCAAAAGAUUGAUCAUAUCCCUAAGAACACGUUAAUAAAUAUUAUCUCGGUGACGUAUUGCGGAUGGCAUAGUUAUUACGGAGCGGUCGCGAGCUAAUCUAGGUUCCGAUUAGUUUUAAUGAAGAUUAGUCCUUUCUAUCUAGAAGUGUCGCUUUCGCGAGGCUGCCAUUACGGCCGUAUAGCAAAUUAUAACAUACGUUAGCUCGUCUCUCUCGCUCCUCAGUCGCUCGGUCAUUCGCUCUCAUUAUGUAAAUCGCCGAUCUCGGAAACCGUGCAGAUUUGGCGAAGCUUCAAGUAAGAUAGUUACGUUCGAAUGGCUGGUUUCGAAUCGGCGUGAUAUAUGUAUAAGGCUCCACCCCAGCACAGCCAUAUAACUAAACUGUAACAACAAUGUAACAAACAUGGCGGCCAAAGGAUGGAUUUCGAUCCCUCGUGUCCCAAUUUCGAGCGUCAAUUGCUUUUGCAGAGAAUCGUUAUUUGUUACAUUACUUGCUACUCGGAUGAGUUAUAUAACCGGGAUAUAGUGCACAUGCUGGGGUCAUACUCCGGACGACCCUUAAAUACUUAAUACCUGAAGUACCUCGGGAGAAUAGACCCUCUCUGGCUAUCGUACGGCUAACUAUCUCCUCCGCGAACCUGGGCAAGUAGGAAUCGUUCUCUACGUCUGUAUAUCGUUAUUACUCGAGUUUUGCAUUAAUAGCUUACGCUAGAGUCGCCUAUACGUGAGCACUGGAUGAUUAAAAAUACAUUGGAGGGACAAUGGCGCCCCGACCUUGCGAGACUCCCUAAGAAUUAAGUAAUUCGAAAAAUCUCUCUCCCGCCUCCACCUCCACCUUCCCCUUAUUACCGGCAGCGAGUUUACCUCGAGAUUUCCGGUUUAGCUAUUAGUUGUUAAUCGGUAAUUAUUUAUUAUGGCGAAAUUCCGAACUACGCUCCUCGCCUAGGGCCAAGCACGGACGCGCGGCACUUCAGUGACCCGGAGACUUCGACGCGAGCACAAGCCGUGUCGGUUCGGCCGCCAUCUUGGAUCCCAGCGUUCUUCCGAAAGCCCAGAUGAGCGUUCGAACCGAUUUCUACGGAUUUCCUUCUGUUCGCGCUCCAGUUUGGGUACUAAAAAAUUAUCUCCUAAUUUAUCGGUCGUUCCCGGUGACCCGUAGAGGUCUUCGAUGGAUGGCGAAAGGCGAACGACGCCCGUCGUCGCAGGCUUCGCUCCGAAAUCUGGCGAGGAAGCUGCACUGAUAAAAACUGCCCAUGUAAAUUUACAUACCCAAUUGAUUAUUUCGAUGCCACGAUAAAUUGCAGUAAAGUCGCGUUGUCUCUGUACUCACAUCUAAUUCAAGUGAAAAUGCACUAAUACGGUAAAUAUACACCGUUGCGUGUACGUGUAGAAUUUUUAAUUUUUCCAUUUUACGUUUUUCUAUGUAAAACCUCAGUUAUGAGGUAUGUAAAGAUGUAUGGAAAUACUUUGUUAAUUCAACGAGAAUUUAUUUGACUGGAAUAAUUGUUCAUGGAAUUAACAAAAUAUUUCUUUGAUUGAAUUCUUGUUUUUUCGUUUUCUCGGUAUAAGUAAGAAUCAGCGAACGGAGGGUCUAGAGACGACCCGAUGACUAACGACUCUAUUGUUAAUGACGAAUCGUGCAAGAUAUUUUUCUAUGGCGGUCAUGCACUAUGGUUCCUUUUUUUACACUUCGUUGAGUGUCUUAAUUCCUAGUAGUACUGGAUGCCGAUAUUCGAUUCUUGCUCAAAAAAAGCAAGCAAGCUUCCUCUCGACUAAAUAUUAGUCAAACUCCUCCUCGCCACCCUCUACGGUCGUUUAUACGACACGGAAAUGUAUAAAUAAGCCGUAAGUUUCUAGGAAAUGGACACGGCUAUGUACCCUUAAAGUUUACUCGACUAAGGCGUGCCUAGAUUUUGAUUUGCAUAGAGGAAUCCUGUCCAACCGAAAAAGCCUCUGCCAUCGCAGGUCCUCGCCA